GAGCCUUCGACCAUGGCCUCUUGGCAAAGUCCAAUUCAACGGAUUGGUGCCAAACUUUGGGUGUUGAACGAACAACUUGUAAAAUUUUCCUACGGAUAGAAAUUUGACAGACAGAUAAAUGCACUGUUUCAAGGACAAUCCACCACCUUCAACCCGCCAUGCUCUUCCUUUUUACUUAUCGCACUACAAAAGACAUAAAAAAAAAAACCUUCUCAAGAGCCAAUAUUUGAAAAUCAAAGCCCGUAUAUGAGAGUCUAAGAUUACAUUUUAAGGCCUUACUUGAACCUGUCUAAAACCAACCCAUGAAAAUAUCCGAUUCAAUAAGCAGGCAGGCAGUUCUUCUAGCCAUGGAAUAGCGACAAAAACAACUGCCGAGAUAUUUUCCCGUUAUCUUUUUUACUCCUUUGUCUUGUUAUGAUGUUUUCCAUUUAUCGGAAUAUCAACCAUUUUUCAAAAACUCUCUCUCCAGAAACUCAAUCAUGGCAUGUUCACCAGCUCCAUUUCCUGGGAUAUCUUUCAACAACCCAACACUGCCCAAAGCCAAAAGGGCAUCAGCUUCUCAUUAUUCCACCCUGAAAAAGCCCAGAGCCAUGGCCAAAGAGGUUUACUUCAACCAUGAUGGUUCUGCCACUAAGAAGCUUCAGGCAGGUGUGGACAAAGUGGCAGAGCUGAUUGGGGUUACAUUAGGUCCAAAGGGGAGAAAUGUGGUGCUUCAGAACAAGUAUGGACUUCCCAAGAUUGUUAAUGAUGGAGAAACUGUUCUCAAGCAGAUUGAGUUGGAGGAUCCGUUGGAGAAUGUUGGAGUUAAAUUAGUGAGGCAAGCAGGUGCAAAGACAAAUGACCUUGCUGGUGAUGGUUGCACUACAUCUAUAGUUCUCGCUCAUGGUCUGAUUACAGAAGGCGUGAAGGUAAUUUUAGCUGGAAUGAAUCCAGUUCAAAUUGCUCGUGGGAUUGAGAAUACGGUGAAUGCCCUUGUUUCUGAACUCAAAUUGAUGUCCAGAGAGGUUGAGGAUCAUGAACUCGCACAUGUUGCUGCUGUUAGCGCUGGGAAUGAUUAUACAGUAGGAAAGAUGAUCUCUGAUGCUCUUCAACAAGUGGGAAGGGGGGGCGUAGUCAAAAUUGAAAAAGGAAAAUGUACCGAGAACAGUCUACAAAUGGUGGAAGGAAUGCAGUUUGAUCGAGGAUAUUUGUCUCCUUAUUUUGUCACUGAUAGAGAAAAGAUGAUUGUUGAGUUUCACAAUUGCAAGUUACUACUGGUUGACAAGAAGAUCACAAAUCCAAAGGAGAUGUUUAAAAUAUUGGACAGCGCUGUUAAAGAGAAGUAUCCAAUUGUUAUAGUUGCAGAGGAUAUUGAGCAGGAAGCUCUUGCUCCAGUGAUUAGGAACAAACUCAAGGGUGUGCUGAAGGCAGCUGCUAUUAAGGCUCCUGCCUUUGGUGAGCGCAAGAGCCACUGCUUGGACGAUAUUGCUAUCUUGACUGGAGGCACUGUGAUCAGAGAUGAUAUGGGUUUGACUCUAGAUAGGGCUGGGAAGGAGGCAUUGGGUACUGCUACUAAGGUUGUGAUAACUAAGGAUUCUACAUACAUGGUUAGUGAUGGGAGUACACGAGAAGCUGUUCAGAAAAGGGUUUCUCAGAUACGAAGUCUGGUUGAGAACACAGAAGAAAAUUUUCAAAAGAAGAUACUCAAUGAAAGAAUUGCCAGAUUAUCGGGAGGAAUUGCUAUUCUUCAGGUUGGAGCACAAACCGAAGUUGAAUUGAAGGACAAACAACUCAGAAUUGAAGAUGCUUUGAAUGCAACUAAGGCAGCAAUCGAGGAAGGUGUUGUAGUUGGAGGUGGCUGUAUCCUCUUGCGUCUAUCUGCAAAGGUGGAUGGAAUAAAAAAACUGUUGGAUAAUCAAGAGCAAAAGAUUGGAGCUGAGAUCUUCAAGAGAGCAUUAAGCUAUCCAACAAAACUAAUUGCCAAAAAUGCUGGUGUUAAUGGGACUGUUGUUGUAGAGAAGGUCUUAUCCAAUGAUGACACAAGAUAUGGAUACAACGCUGCACGAAACUCUUAUGAGGAUUUGAUGAAAGCUGGAAUUAUGGAUCCAACAAAGGUAGUUAGAUGCUGUUUGGAGCAUGCAGCAUCUGUUGCCAAGAUUUUUCUGACAUCCGAUGCUGUUGUAGUAGACAUAGUAGACAACAAGGAUAUCAAGUUCAAGCCCAUGCCAACGAGAAAGCAAAUGGGAAACUUAACUAACUCAGUCUUCCCUAAACAAUUACUGCCCACGUAUGGGAAAAUGAUGCACAAACAGUCGAUUCCAGUGGGACAAAGAUAAUAUAGGAGCCAUAAGCAGAGCAGUUUCCAUUGACGUCUUUUAAACUAGGUCUGUUGAUCAAUGCCAGCUUUUCAACAAUCUGGUUACAGUUCAGUUCCCUUCUCUCCUAGGAGCAGGUGGCUUCCAUCAAAGAAAUAUGGAACUGAUUUGAUUUUUGCCAAGAAGGCUUCUUUGAAGUGGUAAUGCUGCAAACUUAAGGGUUGCUUGGUGUACUUAAGAGUAAUCGUUUUCCAUGUAUUUAAAGAGGCUGCAGCCACAAAGAAACAUGGUGAAAAUGUUUGUCUUGUAAAAAUGCCAGAACAAAUGUACAAGUGAACAAAAUUAAAAACAUAUGAUACAUUUAUAAACCAGUAUUUUCUCAAUCUACCACAUACAAUAACAACAAACUAGGCUUUGUAUCCUAUAAC